AUGCACGGUCUAUUAUCCAGAGCCUUGUGGAGGACGAUGCCCCAAGCGACGCGAAGGGCAUAUCAUGCCUCCGUCUUGCCCUCGCUCAUAUCAACAUCAUCGCCAGAAUUUCAAGCCAAAGCAGCGGCAAUGGACGAACUGGUGAAGGAUCUGGAGGCCAACUUGGCAAGAGCGCGUCUGGGAGGCGGUUCUAAGGCUGCUGAACGGAUGAAGGCGAAGGGGAAGCUGCUACCUCGCGACCGAUUGAACUACAUUCUCGAUCCUGGCUCCCCUUUUCUCGAGCUGUCGCCGCUGGCUGCACAUGAAGUGUAUGAUGGACAAUACAUCCCUGGAGCUGGAAUGAUUGCAGGCAUAGGCCGGAUCUCGGGCACGGAGUGCGUCAUUGUCGUCAAUGACGCGACGGUUAAGGGCGGUUCGUACUAUCCGUUGACGGUGAAGAAGCAUUUGCGCGCGCAGGAAAUUGCGAGGGAGAACAGGCUGCCUUGCGUGUAUGUCGUCGAAUCUGGCGGUGCUGCUCUUCCUCAUCAAGCAAAUGUGUUCCCGGAUAAAGAGCAUUUCGGUCGGAUUUUCUACAACAUGGCUCAAAUGUCAGCGCUGGGAAUCCCCCAGAUUGCCGUCGUUCAUGGUAUUUCUGUUGCUGGGGGUGCUUAUGUCCCCGCAAUGGCAGACGAGAACAUCAUCGUCCAAAACCAAGGUCACAUCUUCCUGGCUGGCCCACCACUCGUCAAGGCUGCAACUGGAGAAAUUGUCGAUGAGGAAACACUGGGUGGUGGCUUGAUGCAUUCUACAGAAAGUGGUGUAACUGACCACCUCGCUCGUGACGACGAGCAUGCUCUUGCAUUGGCAAGAGGCAUUGUUGGCGAUUUGGGACAGGCGAGUAGGCCAUUGGCAUCUCCGUCAACAACGCCCGAAGAUCCUUUAUACCCUGCGUCAGAGCUCCAUGGAAUUGUUGGUACUGACGUCCGCCAACCGUUUGAUAUGCGAGAUGUUAUUGCUCGCAUCGUUGACGGGAGCCGUUUCAGAGAAUUUAAGAAAGAGUACGGCACAACAAUGAUAACUGGAUUUGCCAAUAUACACGGAUAUGAGAUCGGAAUCGUUGCAAAUAAUGGAAUUCUAUUUUCGCCGUCGGCCUUGAAAGCUACGCAUUUCAUUCAACUCUGUUCUCAAAGGCAAAUACCAUUACUUUUUCUUGUCAACGUCACUGGAUACAUGGUGGGGUCGAAGGCGGAGAAAGGUGGUAUUGCCAAAGAUGGGGCGAAGAUGGUCCGCGCUGUCGCCUGUGCGGACGUACCGAAGUUCACUGUCAUUGUGGGUGGAAGCUUUGGAGCAGGAAACUAUGGAAUGGCUGGUCGUGCUUAUUCGCCUAGAUUCCUAUGGAUGUGGCCAAAUGCCAAAGUUUCUGUCAUGGGCUCCGCUCAGCUAUCACAAGUCAUGACGACGGUGUCAAGGGACCCCUCUCAGCAUUCCUCACUACAAGCCGAAAUUGAAAACCAAUCGACGGCGUUAUACUCUACUGCCCGCCUCUGGGAUGAUGGCAUCAUCAAACCUACAGACACAAGAGAUGUUGUUGGGCUAGGUCUCGCACUUGCUUCCCGUGAGAGGCGCUCGGAGGGGAGUUCAUCAAAUCAAAAGACCACGACUUGGGAUGGAGACGGGAAAGGAUUCGGAGUAUUCAGGAUGUAG